CAGGUGGGGCUGCAAUUUUUACAGGAUUAGAGGAAUUUUUUCCAGGUGCGAUCGCUGCGCUCUCUCUCUCUCUCUCUCUCUUCAGGGUUUCAUUGUCUUAUCGAAGGGUUAUCCUACAACAUCCUGUUCAUUCCCGCUGGAUUGAUUGCAGUUACUCAUUUGAAGUGAUUGAUAGAGAUUGCGUUAUAGGCACUUCAAGUUAUUUAGAAAAUUACUUGGCACUUGUUAACUCUCCAGUGUUUGGAGAAGGAUUACGUAAACGUGACAACUAUGGAUAAACCUGGUGAUCCGAAAUUGUUUGUAAAUGAUGGUUCUUUCAUGGAAAGGUUCAAACAGCUUCAGCAGGCUCAAUUGGAUAAGCAAGGAUCUGCGUCAGCUGAAAGUGUGAAGCCACCCACCUUUUCAGGUUUACCCAAGAACAAUAUGACCAACAUUGUUAUGAGCAAGAAGGUUGAUACUGGUUCAAAUGAUGCAAGGAGGCCUAUUCUUAAUUCUCAGAAUCCAGGUGGAAAAUUGGCCUUUAGUUUAAAGCAGAAGCCAAAGCUUGUUGUUGCCUCUAAGUUGGGUGUAGAUGAUGAAGAUGACGAUGAAACUGGGCAUAGCGAUGGGUCUUCUAAGAAGCCGAAAUUGGAUAAUUCCAUUGCAUCCUCAAUGUCAUUAGAUCGAGGGGAGUUUGUACCCUCUCCACCAAGUGAUCCUGAGGUAAAGAAGGUUGCCGACAAACUUGCAAGUUUUGUGGCGAAAAAUGGGAGGCAUCUUGAAAAUGUCACACGCCAGAGAAAUCCAGGGGAUACUCCUUUUAAGUUCCUUUUUGAUGUGGAUUGUGCCGAUUACAAGUACUAUGAAUACCGCAUUGUAGAGGAGGAAAAAGAGCUCGCUCAGACAAAAGCAUCCCAAGCUACCAGUGCUCCAAGCUCAAGUAGCAGCGGUGGUUUUCGACCAGCUAAUACUCCUCCGAAGAUCUCCUCAUAUCAACACACAAGGUAUCAGACCCCAGCAUCUGCUCUGUAUUGUGGUGAUGAUGAACCAUCAUCAGUUGGAAGAACACCGUCACAUGGAGAAAGCAGUGAUCAAUCUCAAACAGCUGAUCCCAUUGCAAUGAUGGAAUAUUAUGCCAAGAAAGCUGCUCAGGAAGAGAGGAAGAGGCCACCAAAGCAAUCAAAAGAUGAGAUGCCACCCCCUCCAUCUCUUCAAGCGCCAGGUAAGAAGGGGCAUCACAUGGGUGACUACAUUCCACAAGAGGAACUUGAGAAAUUCCUAUCAGCCUGCAAUGAUGCAGCUGCUCAGAAGGCUGCAAAAGAGGCAGCUGAGAAAGCCAAAAUCCAAGCUGACAAUGUGGGUCACAGGCUUUUAUCAAAGAUGGGAUGGAGAGAAGGUGAGGGGCUUGGAAGUCAUAAGAGUGGGAGGGCGGACCCUGUGAUGGCAGGCAAUGUGAAGCUCAACAAUCUCGGGGUGGGUGCCGAGCAACCGGGUGAGGUGACACCCGAAGAUGACAUUUAUGAACAAUACAAGAAACGCAUGAUGCUUGGUUAUCGUUACCGCCCCAAUCCUCUCAAUAAUCCAAGGAAGGCUUAUUACUAGAUGAUCAAUUGGGCUUCCCAUAUUACCAAAAAAGAAAAGGGUUUUUCCUUCACUCAAGUGGCUGCCACAUCGGGCUCACUAGGUCCACAUUUUCACUGCAAAACCAUCAGAAUGGGCAAUACUAAGUAUCGACACUGAUGAAGCCUUAGAAAUUUAUCCGCAACUGAUUCGCGCAUCGAUCUCUUUCGACCUAUGAAGCAUAAUGUAGAUUUAUUUGUUAUGGGACUUCAUUAAAUGGCCUUUGCCAAGGUUUGUAUGCGUUCAUUUUUUGCAGAAGUAUAUUAGAAUGGAGUGCGAAGUGGAAGCCUGUAGUAACCUUUGUUUGAAACUCGGAAUCUUGAAACCUCAAAUUAUAUUAUCUGGAUACAAUGAGUUUCUAAUGCAAUGUGGAAUCUGAGGUGAGAUUUCCUGGUAAGAUUUCUCAUGAACUUUCGCCCUCGAGAAAAUAAACUCAUUGGGAACUUUUUCAUGAAA